AUGGAUGAUUGUUUCCACUGUCCAGAAGACCAAUAUCCUAACAAAGAAAGAAACCAGUGUUUCCCCAAGGACCUAAACUUCUUGUCCUUUGAUGAACCUUUGGGCAUCAGUUUGGCUGUUUUGGCUCUGGCUCUGUCUUCAACGACAGUGAUGGUGUUUGGAAUCUUUGUCAAGCACCGGAAGACUCCCAUUGUCAAAGCCAACAACCGGAACCUCACCUACACUCUGCUCAUCUCCCUCCUGCUCUGCUUCCUCUGCUCCUUGCUAUUCAUUGGCCAGCCUCAGAUCCCAACCUGCUAUUUACGACAAACUGCUUUUGGUAUCAUCUUCUCAGUGGCUGUUUCUUCUGUUUUGGCUAAAACCCUCACUGUGGUUCUGGCUUUCAUGGCCACCAAACCAGGAUCCAAGAUGAGGAAGUGGUUGGGGAAAAGAUUUUCAACCUCUGUUAUUCUCUGUUGCUCAUUUAUCCAAGCAAGUAUUUGCAUGCUAUGGCUGGGUACCGACCCUCCGUUCCCGGAUCUUGACAUGCACUCUCUGCCUGAGUAUAUCAUAGUCGAAUGCAAUGAGGGCUCACCCAAUAUGUUCUACUACAUUCUUGGUUACAUGGGAUUUCUGGCUCUUGUAAGCUUCGUUGUGGCUUUCUUUGCUCGGAAGCUUCCGGAUACUUUUAAUGAAGCCAAAUUUAUCACUUUCAGCAUGCUGGUGUUUUGCAGUGUGUGGCUUUCAUUUGUUCCAACAUAUUUAAGCACCAAAGGGAAGUAUAUGGUGGCUGUGGAGAUCUUCUCUAUCUUGGCCUCCAGCGUUGGAAUACUUGGUUGCAUUUUCUCCCCUAAAUGUUACAUAAUUAUCCUGAGGCCAGACCUGAACAGUAAAGAGCAUAUCAUUGGAAAACUGCCUUAA